UAUCUGACGAUGAGGUGGGGUGCUUCAUCGUUUAUGCACACCCAACACGGUUGAACCCCCGUUCCUGGCUAAAGUCCAACCCUGCUUACAUAAUAAGGUUAAUAAGCUUGUGAAUCCAACUCGUCAUAGCUUGGCAAUCCAUCACCGCCUGUAAAAAAAGAUGGAUCUCAAUUGUCUACUUGUAUUUGUUUGUUUACUUUGUUGCUGAUGUUUUCCUUCCAAUAAUUCGAAAGUCGGCCAAAAACUCAUCAUGGCUUCCAUUAUGGAUGCCUCAAGGGCUCCGGAAAAGGAUUGCACAGCAUAUGAUCCCACAAAUGUUGAAGGACAACAGACUGCGAUAUAUGUUCAACUCGUCCUUUCACUAACUCUCGGCGUUUCUGCAUUCUUUGGAUUCUGUGUAGGUCAUGAAAAAAGUAGGUCUAGAAAGAGCUUUACUAAUGUUUGUAGAUCCUGCGACCGAAAUGGAAAAGUCUAUAUGCCGCGCGCAAAAGGCAUGUCGAUGCCGCUGCAAGUCUGCCAGAGCUGCCAGAUACCUUUUUUGGUUGGAUGCCUGUUUUGUAUAGAGUUACAGAAGAACAAGUCCUUGCAUCUGCUGGAUUGGAUGCAUAUGUCGUAUGUCUUGAGAAUCUACUCCUCCCGGAUAAAUGCGAGAUACUUAUCCCAUCUAGUUCCUAUCCUUUUUCAAGAUGUCGAUGAAAUUAUUCGGGAUCAUGUUCAUCAUGGCAGUCGCUAUCCUUGCCCCAAUCAAUCAACACUUUUAUUACGUAUUCGACCCGUUCGGAAAUUCGACGAGCCCUCCCGAUAUUCCUGAUUACUCGCGGUUAGAGGGUUGGCAGGGUGGAUGGAAUGAUGCCUUAACUUUGGAGGCGCCAAAAGACUCCGACGACAUACUACCUGAGACUAGCUAUCUUUGGUCAUACCUAGUGUUUACUUAUGUCUUUACUGGACUUGCAAUAUAUUUCAUGAAUAAACAAACCCACCGCGUAAUAAAGAUUCGCCAGGACUACCUUGGAAGCCAAUCCACAAUUACCGAUCGAACAAUCAAACUGUCUGGAAUACCAAAGGAGCUAAGGUCGGAAGAAAAGAUCACCGAGUUCUUGGAGAGACUCGAAAUAGGAAAAGUGGAGAGUGUAACUUUAUGUCGCAAUUGGAGAAAACUCGAUGAUAUGAUGGACAAGAGGGUGCAGGUUGUUAGGCGGCUGGAAGAGGCAUGGACGGUAUACCUAGGCCAGCAACAACGUUCAAGUAUAUGGCCAACACGGACACAGCAGUCAACACCGGGAGAUGAUGCAGAGGAUGAGUCGCAAGAUAAUGAGGGUGAUAAUUUACUAGGGACCAAUCACAUUACCUCAUAUGACAAACCGAGGCCGACUACACGGAUCUGGUACGGUUUUCUCAAUCUCCAAAGUAGGAAAGUAGACGCGAUCGACCACUACGAAGAGCAGCUACGACAGCUAGAUGACAUGAUCACAGAUGCAAGAAAGAAGGAGUACGAGCCUACAGCGCUUGCAUUUGUCACUAUGGACUCAAUCCCUGCUUGCCAGAUGGCUGUGCAAGCUUUGCUCGAUCCGACUCCGAUGCAGUUGAUGGCAAGGCCAGCUCCGGCACCAUCGGAUAUUGUUUGGACAAAUACUUAUCUACCUCGAUCAAAUCGCAUGAUUCGUUCUUGGACGAUCACUCUCUUCAUUCUCAUACUCACCAUCUUUUGGCUCAUACCAGUGGCUGCUCUGGCGGGCCUCGUUAGUCUUUGUUCAAUUCGACAAGUCUGGCCUGGGCUAGCAGAUGUAUUAGAAAGCCACGAAAUUCUUAAGGCUUUGGUUCAGACAGGGUUGCCUACGCUUAUUGUCUCAUUACUCAAUUUGGCAAUUCCAUUCUUGUAUGACUACCUUGCAAAUAUGCAAGGGUCAAUCUCUCAAGGCGACGUAGAGCUUUCAGUGAUAUCGAAAAACUUUUAUUUCACAUUUUUCAAUGUAUUCCUGGUUUUUACAGUCUUUGGCGCGGCGAGCAAAUUCUGGCCAGUUUUACAGGAGACAUUGAAGGAUACCACGAAGAUUGCAUAUACUCUAGCCCAGUCGAUUUCCGAUCUCUCCAUGUUUUACACAAAUUUCAUUCUCCUGCAGGCUCUUGGACUUUUACCUUUCAGGUUGUUGGAAUUUGGAAGUGUUUCCCUGUACCCUAUCACAUUAAUGGGUGCCAAGACUCCUAGAGACUAUGCCGAGCUAGUACAACCGCCGAUUUUUAGUUACGGAUUUUAUCUGCCUUCAGCACUCCUCGUCUACAUUCUAUGUAUUGUCUAUAGCAUACAACCGGCAGGAUAUCUCGUCCUCUUAUUUGGGAUGACAUAUUUUGCUUUAGGCUAUUACACCUACAAAUAUCAGCUUUUGUAUGCUAUGGAUCAUCCACAGCAUGCUACUGGAGGUGCUUGGCCUAUGAUUGUGUAUCGUCUCCUUGUAGGCUUGGGCUUUUUCCAGCUUACAAUGGCUGGAGUAAUUGCAUUAAGAAAGGCUUUCACUCCGGCUAUACUUGUUGUCCCUUUGAUACCAUUCACAAUUUGGUACAGUUAUUACUUCCGACGAACCUUCCAACCACUCAUGAAAUUUAUCGCCUUGAGAAGUAUCAGAAGAGAUAGUAAUCCAGACAUUAACAUCGCUGGCGAAGAUAUCGGCAUUAAUAGACCUCCAGGACAUAUUCAAAGAGGCACUACCGUCGACGAAGUCAGGGAAAGAGGCACAAGAUACAUCAAUCCAAGUCUCACUGUACCGUAAGUAACUCAUAGUAGAGCUACCUUCCAUACUGACAAUACAUAGGUUAGAAAAGAUUUGGAUCAACAAGGCCCCAGAUCCCGAACCAAAUGAAAGCGCCCCAGAAUUAGAUCGUGAGGAAUCUGCCGCAAGCUCUAUAAGUCUUGGGGAUACUCACAUUUGGCGAGAAGCUAGUGACACAAAUGUGUGAUGAAGUUGUGUAAAUGAUAGAAUAUCCUUCUAUUAGCUUGGGACUUUUUUUUCUCUUUUUUGACGAUAAACCCCAUAUUGAUGUAAUGAAUGGAGUGUUUGGUAUUUUUAUUAAGAAGACAGCAUGGGACCUUCCUUAUAUAAUUUGGCAUUGUUUUAAGAAUAUACCCAAUGCUCUUUCCUGAACAAAUUGCUCCUUUUCUAUUAGGCUUUAUCUGUUCAGAAUUUGUUGUCUAUUUUCAUUCUUCCGAUGCACAUCAUGCAUUUUCAAUAAUUAUCCUUUACCUCUUCUCCAUUGCAAUCUAGUGCGAUGAUACAACAGUCUCCAUACCUAAAAUUUCAUUUUUAUUUCUUCAACAUU